UCGGGGGGACUCGGUGGGGACUCGGCUUUGUUCGCUUCGGCUCCGGAUGCAGAUUUGAAAAAAGAAAAAAAAAUGGUUUCAUUUUUAGUUUUUAACUGAACAAACAACUGUUCAGUUACUUUUAAUCAUCUUCUUCUUCUUCACGAUCAGUUUAAUCUCAUUUGGACCGAAGAAGAAUCCGAACUAACAGCUGACUGACGACACGUUGCGCAACGGAGACAACAAUAACACAACGAGACAAAGACGUCACACCCGGACUCCAGCGCUCCCAGUAUCACAGCCGCUGGUCCCAGUCCGACCUCCCAUUGUGUCUGCAACGACUUCCACGGAAACAAGCCGGAUCUACUCCACGCCAGCUGUAGUCCUCCCAGUCUACUGGUCUCUACUGGUUUCUACCCGGUCUACUGGUCCCUACUGGUCUCUACCCGGACUACUGGUUUCCUGUUGACCCGCAGUCCGAAACCCUCCGCCUGAAGAUGAGCGUGGGCACGACGGCGACCCGCUCCCAGCUGUGUCUGAAGAGGCUACUGGACGAGCCCCAGGAGAUCGUGAAAUGUAAAGUGGCUCGUCUGGACCCGAGCCUUCCCACCACCGGCCUAUCGGACUGCCUCAGGCCCAGAAGCCCCGCCCCCGCAUCCAGCCCGAGCCAAUCUCCAUCCAGAGUGGGCUCGUACUUCCUGUUUGAGCGCUGCGAGGGGGAGAAGAGUUACAGGGCGGAGCAUGCGCAGACAAAGCAGCAGUACACCUGCCAGGUGCUUCCUCUACGCGGUUACCAAGAGCGCUUGGCUGCCUACGCCCGCAUCGGUCACCACGGCAACGUGUGCGGCCUGCUGGACGUGGUGAUCGGCCAGGACAGCGUGUACGUCUUCCUGCCCGGUCACUACGGCGACAUGCACGCCUACGUCCGAAGCAGGAAGCGCCUCGGCGAGGAGGAGGCGGGGCUUCUGUUCGCUCAGAUGCUGAACGCGGUCACGCACUGCCAUCACCACGGCGUCGUCCUCAGAGACCUGAAGCUCCGCAGGUUCGUCUUCACCGACGAGUACAGGACGCGUCUCGCUCUGCUCGGCCUCGACGACUGCGUCGUCCUGCGCGGCGACCAUGGCGACGACUCCCUGACGGACAGACACGGCUGCCCCGCCUACGUCAGCCCGGAGCUGCUGACCAACGGAAGCCGGUCCUACUCGGGCCGCGCCGCGGACAUCUGGAGCCUGGGCGUGUCCCUGUACACCAUGCUGAUUGGACGCUACCCGUUCCAGGACACGCAGCCCGCCGCGCUGUUCGCCAAGAUCCGCCGCGGGGCCUUCGCCGUGCCCCAGUGGCUGUCGCCCCGGGCCAAGUGCCUGAUCGGCUGCAUGCUCAGGAAGUCGCCCGACGAGAGGCUGGCGGCGUCGGAGCUGCUGAUGCACCCGUGGCUGAGCGGCCGCCCGCGCACGCCGCGCCACGCCGCCAAGAGGACGCAUCCCAGCGCGCACAAAACGCCGCAGAGCAGAACGCAGGACGACGACCAGGUGGUGCCCACGUGGACCAAAAAACACUAACACACACACACACACCUUGUAUCUCUAUGCUUGUGAGGACCUGGGUCGAUAUAUUUCAGCACUGAACUCGAUUCUAACGUCAAGUCUGAGCCCCCAAAUGUCCCGCAGUGUCGCCAUAGUUACUAAAACAAUGACUAAUGACGCUUGACAUUUUCUCUCAUCACCGAGACACCAACUGUGACUAAAUGUCAACACGCAAUAUUGUUGAGGAAAUUGGACAAGACCGGAGAAAUCAAAACCCAAACCGCUUUAUUUUUGCUUACAAAAAGAGUUUUAUACUAUUUUCUUCAAAAAGAAACUGGGCUUGAGAAAUAAUUUUACCAGAAAUAAGCAGGAUGAUGUUGAGUAAAUAUUGUAAAAAUAUGACACAGGACUGACCAACAUUAACCUGACAAAAACCCAAAUGGUCCUCGCAAAGAUAGACAUACAAGGGCGCGCGUGCACACACACACA